ACGUUCUUAUCUAAAACAUGUAAACAGUAAAACGACAUUACAAGGAGGCCUUAUCUAUCUCCAAUCAUCAUCGUUUAAGCUCUAAAUCAAUGGCUUCCACAUUACUUCUUCAAUCUCUCUCUACUUCUACGAAUGUCAACGUCGCAGUACCAAGAACCUGUAGCUUCAAUGUACAAAACAUUCGUCGAACAGUGAAAUGCUCUUCAAAUCCAGAGCCAAAGGAUCAGUUUUCCGAUCUCACACCUGCACCUGAAUCGAUCAACACGACGAGCGCCGAGAAGUUCCCAAUUGAGAAACGGAGAAGAUCUGAGAUCAUUCGCGACAGAAAACAAAGAGGGAUCGUGAAGCCUGAGCCUCCAAACUUCGAGAUUGGUUGGAAGAGAACGAAAGAGAUAAACUUGGAGAAGCCUAAAGGGUAUGUGAUAAUGGACUUCUUAGAGAAGUUCGAAGGGUUAAUGGCGAGAGAGUUUGGGUCUAAGGAGCUUCUGGCUAAAGCUGGGGAGAUAGUUGCAGAGAGAGCGAGAGAAGAAGCUGAGGUUUUGAGAGACGAAGGGAAAGUUGAAGAGAGAAUGGUGACUGAGCUUUUCAGGGUUUUGAAAUUGAUGGAGAUGGAUUUGGCUAUGGUUAAAGCUUCGGUGAAAGAAGAAACUUUGAGUGAGAGGAUUGAACAAGCUAGAGCAAGAUGUAGACAAGCUAUUCUAGUUGCUAAUUCUUUCUGAGACAAUUUGGUUUCAGUUCUUCUUCUGCAAAAUAUCUUAUCUUUUUGGUUUUCUGUAAUCAUCUCUGGAACAUUUUGCUAGAGGAAUUGAAGAUGAUAGACGAGAAUUUUUGAACAAAGAUUCAUGCUUUUGUUUUUCAAAUUGUGAAGAACAUAAUGGUUUGGGAAGGAAAAGACUUAAU